AUGACGCAGCCCGCUGGCCGCCCCCCUUACCAUCUAGUGUACCUAGAAUCCCAGACACCUUCUUCGUUCCCAUACUAUGCAGUCCGCACUCACCUCAGUUACGGAGCACACACCCAUACCGGUACCCCAUGCGCUCACACGAAGAAAGACGGAAACAGUACGUACCAUCCCUGGCCAGCCACGCCUGGGACGCCUGCCGCCUGCGCUGGCUGCGCGGAUACCUCCCAUCAACAUCCCAUCCUCCACCCAUGCAAGCAACCCGCGCUCGCAGCCUUUUGGUACGAAGUACACACACACACACACACACACACACACACACACAUGCCAAACCGUUCAUGGUCUGAAUUACUUGUUGGCCCACUUCGCACCCUUGGGCGACUUGCUCCUCUAUGUACGGAUACUGGAGCUAAGGUUUGA